AUGGAGGAGCCGCAGUCCCUAGACGAAGCCCUGUCGCUGCCCGUCCGCGCCUCAUCGCCGUCGCCGUCGGUUCCCGCAACGCCCGCUAUAUCUUCAUACUCCUCCCCAGACCGCACCUUCUCCUCCGUUUCCUCCCACUCCGCCUCCUCGGCGACCUCGGCCGACGCUCGCUCCACGAUCUCGACUUCCUCGCGCAGACAUGGAUAUGUGCGCGCUUGUGGAGCUGAAUUCGCCGACUCGGCGCGGCAUCGCGACAGCGUCAUGAGUUUGGGCAGCAUUGCCCACCUACAGUACUACUUUGCCCGCACGGGUCUGUUGGACGGAAAGACAGGCCGCGGCAAGGACUUUAAAAAGAGGAACAGGGCUAAUGUGCCACGGGUGCUGAUCACACCAAAUGAGCAGCAUAUGGAGGAUUUGGUGGCCAGCCCAACAGAGAUGGGGGACGACGCGGGGGACGACGCUAAUUUUGACGACGAGGAGGGGGAGGUAAUGCUGCCACCUACCGUCAGUACAUAUAGCAUUAAGACACACCACGUCCCUCCCCCACCUGACGUGGUGUCUCUGCGCCGUGAUUUACAGAUCGCACUGGAUCGAGCCGAGAGUAAUAUCGAGGCCAUCGAGAAUGGGUCUCUCUCUCCUGGUGAUAUCCUUGAGGGUUCAGAUGACGAUACCGCGCGAGAAGCGCCAGCACCGCAGACUAAGGAAGAGGCACAGGGCAUGUGUAUCUUGGACGAUGUGACGAUGGCCAUCCGAGCCGCCAAGAUCUACUAUACGGCCCACCCACACCCCGAACGCUUGGGCUCAAUCAAGAGUGAACGGGAUAUUCGUAAGGAACUACUCCAUGUCCUCGAUGUGCUGAAACGCUGGGCGGCACGGCACUUUGCUAGCGGCCUCCGCGGUGAAGAGCGCGAUGUGAUUAAGGGAUGGAUUGCGGGUGUCCGCACCAUGCUCGUUCGGGAGAAAGCCUUGGAGGAUCUUGAGGCUCAAGAGCGAGAGAAUUGGGACUGGGCCCGUGGCGACUGGGCUGGACGAGAGCGAGCCCGCGAAGAGUCUUUCCUGCGCAGCCUCAUGCCCGGUGGCCAUACGUUGCCUGAAUGGACAGCCAUCGACGACACGCCUCUAGACUCCCUCCCAUCUCCGUUCCUGGAGCGUUUCCGGGAUGGCCGCAUCCUGGUCCAGUUGCACAACAUCGCAGUCAAAAAAUCGAAGCGUCACUUUGGCGAGAUUAAGGCGUACCACGAAGACAUCGCCAAGCCCUAUCGCCAGGCGGAGAAUCUGCGAUUCUGGCUCAAGGCUGCCGAGCUGCGGUGGGAGAUGCGGAAGCAGGUGGAUGUUAUGGGGGUUGUUCAGAGCACUAGCGAAGUCGCCUGGAGGCAAUUCGACGCCGCACUGUUGGCCUGGUGCAAGACGGUGCGUGAGGAAUUGGUCCGAGAUUGGAUGGAGGCCAACCCGGGACGACCCCCGAGUGCUGGUCUGAUUUAA